AUGUCGGACGAAGCAUUAGCUCGUUUACCAUCACGUGAUAAUAUUAAACGUCGCAUUAGAAUGUUACGUCAAGAUAAAAAGCUUCCAUCAGCCCCAAAUGAUCCUAAUUUUCCAAAUGUUCCAACAGCUUUAACCGUAACAUCUCGCGGUGAUAAAUUUUUACGUUGUGAUACGGGACCAGAUAUUUUACAAUCAUGUGAUGAUUUUCUUGUUGAUGGUAUAUUUAAAAUAUUAGGUUAUCAGAAUCGUUAUCAAGAAGAUGUUAAAUUUGCUCAUAAUAUUAAUAAAAUAGCUGCGUCAGCUUUUAUUCCACCUUGUGAUGUAUUACAUGCAUAUUCACGUCUUGCAUUAGAUCUUGAUAAUGAUUACCAAGAUAUUUUAAAUUAUUUUGAAGAUACAUAUAUAGGACGACUUCGCCCUAACAAUACACGACGUCAACCAACAUUUAGUAUUGAAUUUUGGAAUAUGCAUACAAGGACAACACAAUUAUCGAUGCGUACAAAUAAUUCUGUGGAAGCAUGGCAUCGUCGUAUAGGAUGUGUAUUUCAAUGCGCACAACCUACGCUUUGGUCAUUUUUACAAAAAUUAAUUCAUGAAGAACAUGCAACGCAUGCUGAUGUUGUUCAUAUAAAUAGUGGUGAAGCACCAAAACAUAAAAGUAAAACAAAUGAACGGUUUGAACGACGUCUUUUAAAUCUUUUAUUGCAUCCACAUGAUGAUAUUCUUAUGCAACUAAAUAAUAUUGCACAGAAUAUUUGCUUAUAA